CCUCCAGCAACGCCCGUCAACGACCCACACUCACCCUCGUCGCAAUCUAUAAUAACUCUUGCUCCCCUCCGGGCCAUGCGCGCCCACAGCCUCGCCAUCCUCGGCGCCGACGAUGGCAACGCGGCUGACGAGAUCGCCGAGGCCGCCAACCAGGCUGGCACCCACAUCGAGGCCAACGACGACCACGAUGAUGCCACGUCCGACUACGCCGAGUCGGGCUUCGAGAGCGGCGGCGACGACGGCAGCGUCACCACGUCCGUCUCGUCCAGCGUGCGCGACUACACCUUCGAGAACGGCCGCCGGUACCACAAGUUCUGCGAGGGCCGCUACGUCUUCCCCAACGACGAGGCCGAGCAGGACCGCGAGGACAUGAAGCACGCCAUGACCGUUGCCGUGUGCGGCGACAAGCUGUUCUUUGCGCCCGUUGGCGAGCAUCCCUCGCGCAUCCUCGACCUCGGAACAGGAACGGGCAUCUGGUGCAUUGACAUGGGCGACGCCUACCCGAGCGCCGAAGUCAUAGGCGUCGACCUGAGUCCCAUCCAGCCGACCUGGGUUCCGCCGAACGUGCGCUUCCUCGUCGACGACAUUGAGAGCGAAUGGGUCUACUCGGCGCCCUUUGACCUGAUCCACAUCCGCGCCAUGGCGCCCGCGAUCAAAGACUGGCCGGGCGUCCUCGCCGCCGCCUACACCCACCUCAAACCCGGCGCAUACCUCGAAAUCCAAGAAAUCGACCUCGCAAGCCCCGCCUGCGACGACAUGACAAUGGCGCCCGACUGGGCGUACGCGGUGUACAUGGACCUGGUAGCGCAGGGCCUGUCGACCUUCAACGUGGACAUGCGCAUUCCGCGCAAGAUCCCCGCCAUGCUGCGCGAGGCGGGCUACCGCGACGUGACGGUGCGCGAGAUCAAGGUGCCGCUGGGCCCGUGGGCCAAGAACAAGCUGCUGCGCACGUGCGGGCUGUACAUGCAGGCCGCCGUCAUCGACGCGAUGCAGAUGGCGAUUAACGGCCCGCUGUGCAAGGGGCUGGGGUGGCGGAAGGAGGAGGCCGAGGUGCUGAUUGCGAAGGCGAGAGCGGCCGUCAGCGAUCCCAAGGUCCAUGCUUAUUAUACACUGUACAUGAUCUGCGCGCAGAAGCCGGAGUAAUUGGGAGGAUGGCUCUUCUUUUUUCCCUUUUAAAACCUCUUCGACUUUUGAAACUUCGACUUCUUUCCAGACUUUGACUUCUUGUCCUACUUUCUGCUUUCUCCCUUU